GUCCCGGGUGUCACGGGGAAAGGAGGCGGGCGGGGUUGGUGGUCAUCCCUGGACAGGACGGUGAUGGCGGCGACUACCGAGACCCUGUCUCCGGACUGGGAGUUUGAUCGCUUUGAUGACGGUUCGCAGAAAAUCCAUGCUGAGGUCCAGUUAAAAAACUAUGGGAAAUUUCUGGAGGAGUAUACAUCUCAGCUUCGCAGGAUUGAAAAUGCCCUGGAUGACUCCAUUGGAGAUGUGUGGGACUUCAGUCUGGAUCCAGUAACCCUGAAGCUUGUGCCGUAUGAGCAGUCUUCUCUCCUGGAACUCAUCAGAACAGAAAACAAGGUUUUAAAUAAAGUUAUAACCGUAUAUGCUUCUUUGUGCUGCGAGAUUAAGAAAUUAAAGUACGAGGCAGAAGCAAAGUUCUAUAAUGGUCUAUUAUUCUAUGGAGAAGGAGCUCUAGAAUCCAGUAUUGUGGAGGGAGAUUCCCAGAUUCAGAUGGGAAGGUUUGUUUCAUUCUUGCAGGAGCUUUCAUGCUUUGUUACAAGAUGUUACGAGGUAGUAAUAAAUGUUGUCCAUCAGUUAGCAGCCUUGUAUACAAGCAGCAGGAAUGAAUCAAAGAUAAUUGAAACUUCAGGAGUGCAUUUUCUGACUAUGUAUGAACACUUAGGAGAACUGCUGACUGUUCUGCUUACUCUUGAUGAAAUAAUUGAAAACCAUGCCACAUUGAAGGAUCACUGGACAAUGUAUAAAAGGUUAUUAAAAUCGGUACAUCAUAACCCAACAAAAUUUGGAAUUCAGGAGGAUAAACUGAAGCCUUUUGAGAAGCUACUAUUAAAACUAGAAAGUCAGUUGCUCGAUGGCACGCUGUUGCAGGGAUGCGUCGAGCAACAGUUUGACUCCUCCAACGGGGGAGUUUCUGUCUCAAAGAAUGGAACCUUUGCUGAAGAGUUUGCACAUAACAUUCGUACAAUAUUUUCUAAUGUGGAAGUUAAACUAGGAGAAGCCUCUGAAAUUGAUCAGCGGGAACGAUACGUGGGACUCUGUGGCCUGUUUGUACUUCACUUCUAUAUUUUUCGCAGCGUAGACAAAAAACUUUACAAGUCUCUCCUGGAUGUGUGUAAGAAGGUCCCAUCAAUCACUCUAACAGCCAACGUUAUUUGGUAUGCUGAUAGCUUCCUAAUCCAGAAGGUACCAGCUGCAGCCAAACUGAUGGAUCGGAAGAGCCUGCUUGCCAUUAAGUCUCAGAGGGAAACUUACCUACAAUCUAAGGCCCAGUCUCUUACCAAAGAUGUCCAGUCCUACUAUGUGUUUGUAACCUCUUGGAUGAUGAAAAUGGAAUCCAUUUUGUCAAAAGAACAGAGAGCAGAAAAAUUUGCAGAAGACCUUACUAGCAGAUGUAAUAUAUUUGUACAGAUAUUUUCUUAUUUCCUGCUUGUGGAGCUUCUCAAGGCAAUUGAGCACACCUUCCACAGAAGGAGCAUGGUUGUGGCAGAUUCCGUAUCGCAUAUCACUCAGUAUCUGCAAUAUCAAGCACUAAAUGCCAUUGCAGUUGCAAAGAAGCGGGUUAUUUCAGACAAGAAGUACAGCGAGCAGCGGUUGGAUGUCCUUUCUGCUCUGGUACUGGCAGAGAAUACACUAAAUGGACCAAGCACAAGACAGCGAAGGCUUGUGAUAUCAUUGGCAUUGAGCGUGGGGACACAGAUGAAAACCUUUAAGGACGAGGAGCUUUUGCCUCUGCAGCUUGUUAUGAAGAAACUGGACCUUAUAAGUGAAUUACGGGAAAGAGUGCGGGCUCAGUGUGACUGCUGUUUCCUGUACUGGCAUCGGGCAGUUUUUCCCAUCUACCUGGAUGACGUGUACGAAAAUGCAGUUGAUGCCUCUAGAUUACAUUAUAUGUUCAGUGCAUUGUGGAGCUGUGUCCCUGCAAUGAUGCAUGCCAGACACUUGGAAUCCCAUGAGGUGUUGCUGAAGAGCUAUGAGAAGGAAAUAAUGGAUGUUCUAACUGAGCAUUUAUUAGACAAACUGUGUAAAGAAAUAGAAAAGGAUCUACGUUUGUCAGUCCACACUCACCUCCAGCUAGAUGAAAGGAAUCCAUUUAAAACUGGGAUGAAGGACUUGGCCCAUUUCUUCUCCUUGAAUCCAGUUCGUUUCUUUGACAGGUUCAUUGACAUCAAAGCUUAUGUUACACAUUAUUUGGAUAAAACCUUCUAUAACCUGACAACUGUAGCACUGCACGACUGGGCCACUUAUAGUGAGAUGAGAAACUUGGCGACACAGCGCUAUGGUUUAACGAUGACUGAGCCUCAUUUGCCAAGCCAGACAUUAGAGCAGGGCCUAGACGUUCUGGAAAUCAUGAGGAACAUUCAUGUCUUUGUAUCUCGCUAUUUGUACAACCUCAACAACCAGAUCUUUGUUGAGAGGACCAGCAACAACAAACACCUGAACACCAUCAAUAUCCGGCACAUUGCAAACUCGAUUCGAACACAUGGCACGGGAAUCAUGAGUACAACGGUGAAUUUUACAUACCAGUUUCUGAGGAAGAAGUUUUAUAUAUUUAGCCAGUUCAUGUAUGAUGAGCACAUCAAAUCCAGGCUGAUCAAGGAUAUUCGAUAUUUCAGAGAAGUGAAGGACCAAAAUGAUCAAAAGUAUCCUUUUGAACGAGCAGAAAAAUUCAACCGUGGAAUUCGGAAGCUUGGGCUCACCCCAGAAGGACAGAGCUAUCUUGAUCAGUUCAGACAGCUUAUUAGUCAGAUAGGAAAUGCCAUGGGCUAUGUGAGGAUGAUUCGGUCUGGUGGACUCCACUGCUGCAGCAAUGCAAUAAGGUUUGUUCCAGACUUAGAAGACAUAGUCAAUUUUGAGGAGCUCGUAAAAGAGGAAGGCCUGUCAGAGGAAACACAGAAGGCUGCAAGGCAACUGGACUCUGUUCUGAGUGAUCUCACGCGUAAUUCAGCAGAAGGUACAGAAUAUUUCAAAAUGCUUGUGGACGUGUUUGCUCCUGAAUUUCGCAGUGCAAAGAAUAUCCAUCUCCGAAACUUCUACAGCAUUGUUCCCCCUAUGACCCUCAACUUUGUUGAACAUUCUAUAAACUGCAAGGAGAAACUCAACAAGAAGAACAAAGUUGGUGCUGCCUUUACUGAUGAUGGAUUUGCAAUGGGUGUUGCAUACAUCCUAAAGCUACUGGAUCAGUACCAGGAGUUUGACUCAUUGCACUGGUUCCAGUCUGUGCGAGAAAAGUACACGAAGGAGAAAAGAGCUGUUUCCAAACAGCAGAAUGUACAGUCUAAUAAUCAGGAUGAAAAACUGCUCCAGACAAUGAACUUAACACAGAAGAGGCUGGACAUCUAUCUCCAGGAGUUUGAACUACUUUACUUCUCACUGAGUAGUGCAAGAAUUUUCUUUAGAGCUGAUAAAACAGCAGCUGAAGAGAACCUGGAGAAGAAAGAGAAGGAAGAGUCUUCUAAAGCAAAUGACAACAUUCCAAAUAAUUCCUCUGCCUCAGACUCCGUUAUGAAGUGAGGGUGCUUCAAAGCUUACCUCAGAUCUGCAGAAUAUCUCAUCUCAGUUUGGAUGUGUUUAUAUAUGCAAGAGACUGGAAACAGACAUUGCACUUCACUGAGCUCUGAUCACUGUGACUCCCAGGAACGUAACAAAGUGUGUGCAUGGUUAUCCAACGCAUACUGUGAAAGCUGUUAGGCAGUGCUAACAAUUGGACUCCAGAUGUUUUGUGUACUUACAAAUUUUAAAGUAAACAUCUCAGAAUGCAGGGAUCCUAAGACUGGAACAGCCACAGACCGAUGCAAGAGUGUUUCUCCAUAUUGUAAAUUCACUUGAAUGAAGUUGCAGACAUAUAUCUGAGAGAAGGCUACCAAUUUGUAUAUGUGUACAUGUGCACUUUUUGUACAUCAAUUAAGUAUUGUAAAUGUCGUAUCUUCAUAUGUACAAAUGUAUAAAAUAUAUACAUUAUUUCAACCUG